AUCACGUGAUGAUUAAUGAUCAUUUUUGAAAUUUUUGAAAUAUAUUAAUGCUGGUUUUCUUUCUUUCUAUUUAGAACUAGCAACAAUGUCGAUUUCUGACGAAGCUCUGCGCAAAAUUUUAAUAGAACUUCAAAAUAGACUUGUUGAAAAUAAUCGGCAGCUAGUCACCGUACAAGCCCAAAUACAAGUAAAAGAACGUGAAAAGCGUUUAGCUGAGCUUACCAAGAGAGAAUUGUCAGCUCUUGAUAAGGAUACCAAAACUUACAAAUCAGUUGGAAAAGCGUUUAUUAAAGCUGAUUUGUCGGUUUUAAACAAAGAAAUGGAUGAUAAAGCUGAAAAAGCUGCAAAUGAUCUUGUUACUUUGGAAAAAUCUAAAAAAUAUUUAGAAAGAAAUAUCAAUGAUUCUCAAAAUGGUUUAAGAGAAAUUAUAGGGCGACCAUGAAAAAGAAUUUACCGAUGAAGGAGUUGUUAAACCUGGCAUUUAAGAAAUAAUUAUUAUUUGAGAAAAAAUUUUUAUACGUUAUAUAUAAUCUACAGCUGUGAUUUCUAGAUUAGAAAACAAUUUCUUUUCCUAGUAUUUAUUAAUUUCCUUGAAUUUCUUGUAAAAUUUUCUCCGAAGUUGUUUUCUUUCAAUUACAUUUGUUUUUUCGGUUUCUGCUUCAGAAGAAUUGGCUUCUUGUGCUAAUUUUUGAAGGAAUAAAUAAAUCUAAUACAAUUAAAAUAAUAAAGGA